AUACCCACUGCCUCGUUAUAGCGAAGCAAGGAGUUGUAUACAUACUGACAGGUUUGAGAAUUUUCGCACGCACUGCACUCGACAGGCCGUGACGAGCAGAGCAAAGCAGAGCGGAGCAGAGCGAGGUAUACACGGCAGAGAGGAAUAAAGGUGCUUAUGCAUGCAUCACCUCCUUCUUCUUCUCCUUUUCCUCAUCCCACUCGUUACCUACGUUCGCCUUUCUUUUACGGAGCUCUCCUGCAGUCGUCAUCGCGUAUGUUAUUAUUCAGAUAUGCACGCAUGAGAUCAUGUACACAGAAGCAGCUCGCAGCAACAAGCUGACGGUGGGAAAUUGCUGCGCUGCCGUAGGAGGAAGGAUCAUCGUCUUCGUCGUCUAGUUAUGGUUAGCGGUGCUGCAGUAGGCCCGUUUUAUACUUUGACGCUUUAUCGUAGCCUGUUGUUUUGUCAUUGUCGUCGUCUUCGUCGUCGUCUUCGUUGUGCUGAAUGUCAAUGCUCCUGAUCUGAGAACCAACAUGAACUGGAGCUGCUGCUGCUUCUGUUGUUGGCCCUUCAAGUAGAUUUGGCUUCGAUUACAAGCACUUUUUGCAUCAUCUAUGAAUUUUGGAGUUUUAAAUCGCAUUAAUAGCAAGAGAAUUGGAGACAAAAUGUACUCGGAGUGGGCAUCGCUUAGUAUGCUGAUACAGCAGGGGACUGAUGACAGUCAAAGCGUUCUUGAAAAAUUUGCUCCUGGUGUUGGCAGAGAAGUAACGUUGUCCAUUGUCAGACAACUUGCGACCAAUCUUGGCAUUGCUCAGGCUGCAGAAGCUAGUCCUCUCAACACAGAUAAAGAAGUACAAUGGUGCAUGGAAGUUAUUUGUUUUGGUUUGUCUCUGCCCUUGACUGAACAUGACACUGUGAGAGACUGCGUUAAUGUGUACUGCGAAUGGCUCUCUGCCUUGUACACUUCACCUAAAAUAUCAGUGCCUAAGCCAAUAGCGCAAGAUCCCAAUUUCUAUGCUAGAAGAAUAAUUGGACAUUUGCAUAAUCUUUUUGUACCUAGGAAAGGAGAAGUUUGGCCAUUUUUAUACCAGGAUUCGGGAUCUGACACAAUCAAUAAACAAGCAGUAUUAUGUCAUAGAGUAUUAAGAACAUUACAGCAAGUAGCUAGAAGUUCCACUACUUUAGACAGAGAAACAUGGGAAAGUUUACUUUUAUUUUUAAUCGGUAUUAAUGAUGCUCUCUUGGCUCCACCUGCAAUCAGAGAAGAUACAGGGGAACAGUUGUGCGAAAGAGUCUUAGGAGUUCUUUUAGAGGUAUGGCUUGUAGCAUGUGAGCGAAAUUUCCCAUCACCUCCUUUAUGGAAAACCUUACGAGAAUCAUGUCUACGAUGGCGGCAUCGUUUAUCUUUAAUAGAGCAAUGGAAUCGUGUUUGUUUAGCACUAACAGCUCGUCUAUUACACAUAAUGUAUGGACCAAUGUUUCCAGAAUUAAAAAUAAGUGAAGAAGAUUCUCAAUUAGUCUCUAGUAAAAUGUCCAAUGAAGCCGUCUCUCAAGCUUGGUACAGGCUUUUGCGUACUAUUGGAGAUCCUGUAGACUUAUGUCGUCCAGCUGUAAUUUCACAGACUCAAGCUUUUUUAAGAUAUGCAAUAGCUAGUCCCACUGUUGUCGAUCCUUGUCAACAUCCUUGUCUCCAGCAAUUACCUUACAUCUUUCUGAAAGCAAUCAAAGGCAUUGCUGGACAAGUUGAUGCAUUUUUAGGAAUCACUCAGGCUUGCUGCUGGGAGGAUUGCUGCGUAACGACGAAUGCCUCUGGGCCCGCAAGUAUCGAGCGUAUUGCCAGCAGUGGUAACCAGCAGGUUCAUUCGACACCAACUCCACCGACCCAACGUAGACUCGCCAAGAGCUUUAGCGUCACACCCUCUGCUGUCACUAAGGGUAUUCCAAAGGCUUCGUUGAUUGGCCUAACAACGAGUAGAGUUACGAGCUCAUCAUUGAUCAGUACAAAUUCUGGGCCUUCCUCGUCGUCUAGUACAACUUCUAUUGUAUCAUUAAGUCAAGAUGUGAGACCCCCAUUAGCGUCCGGGCGACCCAAGUGCAAUAGUAUUCUUCAUUUAUUUGGAGAAUGGCUUUUCGAUGCUGCAUUUAUUGGUACUGAUGGGUGGACUCAGCAAUCUCCUCAGCCCAACAAUGCUCCUAAACGGCCAGCUUCGGUAUUAGUCGAUGGUCCGAAUUCUCUUCAAGAGGGUCACAUGACGGAACUUCCAGCAUCUCUCAACAUCGAUCGUUAUGAAGCUGGAAGAGCAGAGGCCAUGGGUACCUUGUGUCGAAUAUUCUGUGCCAAAAAAACUGGAGAAGAAAUUUUGCCCGCUUAUUUGGCAAGAUUUUAUCUGGCUAUGAGCCAUGGUUUGAAAAUUAAAAAAUUUAAUGAGGCAAAAGAGUGUCCCGAAACACUGGCCAGUAUUCUCAUUAAUUCUGCCGAUUUAUUCCGUCUCGAUUUGGAUGGCGUGCAAGUAUUAGUGCCACACGUUCUGGCCGCAUUGGAACUCGUACUUCCAGAAAAAGAUUUACGACUCAAAUCAAAUUCCAUAUCGAAGGUUGAACUUCACAGAUCGUCUAUUCAUUUGCUUUUAUCGAUGCUAUCGUUGCCGCUGCAUUUCCAAAAUUUACCAAUCAAGGAGAUACCCGCGUCGUCGACAGGUUCACACGAAAAAACUCCAAUAACUUUUGCCCAAUUGAAACCGCGACUCAUGAACCUGUUGAUAAACGCGAUACAAGUCGAGGUCGAUCCACAAAAUACACACAUGUUAUUGGGUGGCUUAUUGCUGAGUGUUCAAGACUCGGCGGCGUCUGAAGAAGUAGACCAAGUUACACAACUGGAUAGUAAUAUAUCAAAUGAACCAUCAACUAAUUUGUUGUCAUCUGUUUGCACCAGCGACACAACCAGUCAGAUAAGCAUAUCCAGCGAUCUGCGCUCUCUUGGCGACACAUCCGACAUUGCUAUGCUUCAAGAAGAAAGCGUAUCGUUUGACUCGGCUCAUGCCCUUUUUGUACGAGCCACGUAUUUAGUAUGUCACAGACUUAUAUCAUCAUGGAAAACAGAUCUGAAUAUAUCUUUGGCAGCUUUAGAAAUGUUAUCUGGUUUAGCAAGAACACGCAUUCGUGAGACCGAUUCAUUAGAAUGCAAACGCGCCGUGAAGUGGCUGUGCGACUUUAUAUCUUACCAGUGUUACCGACCACCUCCGGCACACUCGAAGGAUCUGCACUCGUCGAUCGUCGCUGCCUUUACCUGUCUCACUACUUGGCUAACAGCGCAUCCUCAACUUUUACAGGACAAAGAAUGUCUAGCCACGGUACUGGAAGUCGUCGAACUAGGCGUAUCUGGUUCUAAAUCCGUGGGCAAACCUGGCGAAGCAGUAAAAAUGAAAGACGAGAAGGAAUUGAAGCCGGCGUCGAUGCGCGUUCGUGACGCUGCCGAUGCGCUACUCACUACCAUUCUCGAGCAGGUCGGCUACUUUCCAAGCGUCUGCGGAGCCGAGUCUCUUUCAUCUCUCCUCGAUGAGGUCUCGCUGCUGCGUCACUGCAACAGCUGGGCCGGAGGUCAAAUCGCGCGCGAAGCCGUGGUCGAGCGUUUCCGCUACUUCGUGGCCGAUAACGCGACUAUGCUCGCCUUGCUGGAGGAGCCGCUGGGCAACGAUCAGGACCCCCAGCCCACGGUCACGGUGCUGAUUCGUGGCCCGUUCGGACGUCACGCUUGGACGAUGCAGUUGAGGCAUUUGCCGCGGCACAGGUCCGUCGCGAGGAGCACCAACACGAAUCCAGGAAGACCAUUGCCACUCGGCGAUGUGCAACAAACGCCGGAACACAAGCCUCGAUUCUUCCCAGAUAACGUCGAUAAAAUACCGCAUUGCAAAGUAGAUGACUCCAUACCUAGCUUGGAAGCGGUCAUGAACGAGAGCGAAUCGAUAAAAAAUGAGCAUCAAAUUCUGCAUCAAUUGCUCGACUAUGCAAUUGCCAGUGAGAAAAAGUCCAAUGAAGAGAAUGCCAAGCGAGUCGAAUCGGAAAGAUUGGCCGAGUGCUCGUCGCCUAAAAUCUGUCACGAUUUCCAAACCGCUCGACUGUUUCUCAGUCAUUUCGGCUUUUUGAACGUCGAAUCUAGCGAUGAAAAUAAUUCCUCUGGCCUGUCGGGUUUGACAGCUUUAGAUCCGACUAUGGCCGGCUUCGCUGCAGACUUGGAAAAUCUCGAUCACAUAAGCGCCAGAACGUGCGACACGGUGCACGUGUUUUACGUUAAAGCUGGACAGACCGCGCCAGAGGCUAUUUUGGCUAAUGUGCUACACGAGAGCAACGUAUCGUCGAAUUUUCUUGAAUUUCUCAAUACGCUAGGAUGGCCGGUGUACGUAUCGUCUCACGCGGGUUGGACGGGCCACGUAAGAACGUCUUGGCGCUCAACAUCGUCGUCGUCGUCGAGCGACGCGGCGAACAGCAACGGCAACAAUCCAAGCGACGAUAACGCAGAACACGGCGGGGCUCGUUACAACGGUCAAAGCCAGGUAUUGUACUGGGCAGACGUCAGCUCGGAAGUCGCCUUCGUCGUGCCAACUCUGUCGAACAGCGCGGCUUCUGAGAGUCUGCCGCCCGCCGAUGGUAAUUACAACGAGAGCAACAAUGUUUGGUUCGAGCGAUGCGUCAGCGUCGGCGGGGGCGCCCAUGCUUUUUCCAAUACGUCAGCGAGUCAGCCGAGAGCAAUGUCCUUGGACUUGGAUAAACAAUCGUCGAGUUUGGCCUCGGCGGGAUCGACAGCAGCAGCGACGCAACAAACCAACGAGCCGACGAGGCCUCGCAGGACGACGAAACCUCCGUUCCCCGCGCAGACCGACACCAGAAUCAUGGUAGUCUGGUUGGAGAGCUAUGAGGAUUUCUCUCAGUUUCCCAUUUCUGGCCUACUGCCCCAUACGAGUACUGGCCUGGAUAAUUCGAGAAUACUUCAAGCUUGCGACGUGCACGUUAUUUAUCUGCAAGCCCUGGCAAGCGGUCUGAUGCGCGUCAAGCUCCAGGGCCCGACUUCGCGUAUGAAUCUCGCGACGCCCCUGAUCGAUGGCAUGGUCGUUUCACGGCGCGCCCUGGGCUCCCUCGUCCGGCAAACUUGUCUCAAUAUAGGACGAAGAAAAAGACUGGAAAACGAUAGCUAUCAUCCGCCACACGUAAGGAGGCGGCUGAAAAUACAAGACAUGGUGCAGAAGUACAAGCGAAAUCUGCAGCCGCCCGAAUUGUUGACAUUGUUAUUUAAUAGCACGCAGAUGUAAGAUAGGCAGAUAUAUAUAUACAUAUAUUUUUAUUUAUGCAGCAAUUACUUGUGAUAUAUUAUUAUUACUA